AUGAAACAUCUUGGCAGCGGGGCGGACUCUCGUGGUGUUGAGGUGUCGAGGCAGAAGUAUUUCCUGGAAGUAUUUUUAAGCAUCGAUUUCCUGCGCGUACGUACGCGCUCCGCAUUUACGUAGACGUUGCUAUUCCCGGCUGGGUUUCAUUUGGUUAUGAAGUUACGAGCGCGAUGGCUAAAAUUUGAUUCUUUGUUGUGGCAUGCUCCAGAGAUAAUACGCGUACCUCUCUACGCGAGGAAAUCCUCGUGCUUUAAUUUAAACUUGAAGCUGCAGCAUUAAAUAGUACUAGUAAGAAGAUCGUUUAAAUAACAACAUUCACAGAUGUAUCUAUAUUUAAUUUCGAUGGAUUAUAUUAUUUUUAACUUGGAACUUUGUUGACAAUAUCGAAUGAACUGCGGAUAUUUAUGCACGUAAAAAUAUACAUGCGAGAAACGUGUGCGCAAAGAAAUGCGUAAAAAAAUAUCGAUCAAUGUGGUCAGAUGUGGCCGUAAACAACGUCGCGCUUUUACUUAUUUUCAUUUUCGAGAAUAUUAUCCUCUUGAUGAAACGUUCUUUCCACUCUUCGAAACAUUCCCGAAGUAAAAUGAAAAGUACCGGAGAUACUAAUUCUAAACGUUCACGUGUGUGUGUGUGUGUCGUGUAAAUAUGAAUAAAGUUUAUGUCUGUUGCAGGAACAAAGAAGCUUGAAAGCUGGCGACCUAUCGCAUCAGGAAAGCAACAACAUGGCCGCGUCCACGAUGAAGCUGCAGAGCGACUCCUUUAGCUCGGAGAAAAAGACCAUGGCAGCGCAACAACAAAGACAAACAGUUACGUCGACGGGUAUCUUCAACCAUGAGAAGCACAUCUCCACAGCUAGUUCACAAUCGAGCAUCACAGUCGCCAAAGGGAUCACCUCGAAAUCAUCGAUGAUCAGCGCAGCGAGUGCUGUGAAUCAAUUGAUGAAUGGCAUGAGACCGGCCGAAGAUGAACUCCUCUCCUUGCCUCUCGACGAUCUGGACCUUCUGUGCGCAAAGUCGAAUCCCCAGGACGUCGAUCGUGCCAUCGCCAAAUACUCUAAUUUCCUAGAUAGUUUCGUGGAACGUCUGAAAGCGAACGAUUACAAAAAUGGCAAGGCGCCGUUGUUGUUAAACAGAGUGAACGAAAUAAUCAGAAAAGCGUGGGCAGUGCCCACUCAUGGUCAUGAAUUAGGGUACAGCCUGUGCAACACCCUUCGAACAAGAGGCGGUCUUGAUUUAUUAAUGUCCAACUGCGUGGCCAGCGACAAAGAACUGCAGUUUUCCUCGGCCAGAUUGCUGGAACAGUGUUUAACCACGGAGAACAGGGCACACGUGGUGGAACACGGUUUGGAGAAAGUUGUGAACGUUGCCUGUGUAUGCACAAAGAAUGCUAACUCAGUCGACCACUCCAGAGUUGGCACCGGGAUCUUGGAACAUCUGUUCAAGCACAGCGAGGGGACUUGCAGCGACGUGAUCAGGCUAGGCGGUUUAGAUGCUGUCCUAUUUGAAUGCAGAAAGAAUGACGUUGAAACGUUAAGACACUGUGCCGGCGCCUUAGCCAAUCUGUCUCUGUAUGGUGGUGCAGAGAAUCAGGAAGCAAUGAUCAAGAGGAAAGUGCCUAUGUGGCUGUUCCCAUUAGCUUUCCACAAUGAUGAUAACAUUAAGUACUACGCCUGCCUGGCAAUCGCUGUAUUAGUAGCCAAUAAGGAAAUAGAAGCAGCAGUGUUGAAGUCUGGUACGCUGGAUUUGGUCGAACCAUUUGUGACCUCGCACAAUCCUUAUGAAUUCGCCAAGUCGAACCUAGCUCAUGCACAUGGUCAGAGUAAAAAUUGGCUCGAGAGGUUGGUGCCAGUAUUAAGCUCAAAGAGAGAGGAAGCCAGGAACUUGGCGGCUUUCCAUUUUUGUAUGGAGGCUGGUAUCAAGAAACAGCAGGGCAACACUGAGAUCUUCCGUGCGAUAGGGGCCAUCGAACCGUUAAAGAAGGUAGCUAGUUGCCCAAACGCGAUUGCAUCUAAGUACGCGGCGCAAGCGUUGCGAUUAAUCGGAGAGGAGAUACCUCAUAAACUCAGCCAACAGGUGCCACUCUGGUCUACAGAGGAUGUCAGGGAGUGGGUGAAGCAAAUUGGAUUCGCGGAAUGCGCGCAGAAUUUCGUGGAAAGUAGGGUAGACGGUGAUCUGUUGUUACAACUAACGGAAGAGAAUCUCAAGGAAGAUAUUGGUCUGACAAACGGUAUCAGACGGCGAAGAUUUACUAGAGAAUUGCAGAACUUGAAGAAAAUGGCUGACUAUAGUAGUAGAGACACGGGGAACUUGAAUAGCUUUUUGCAAUCUAUCGGCCAGGAGUUCUCAAUCUACACGUACAGUAUGCUCAACGCUGGCGUUGACAAAGACUCUAUCAGAAAUCUAUCUGAGGACCAACUAUUGACAGAGUGUGGUAUCGCGAAUAGCAUCCAUAGGCUGAGGAUAUUGGACGCUAUUAAGAACAUGCAGCACAAUCAGUUGGGCUCUUCGGAGGAUGAGUCACCAGACAAAUCCUUGGAUGUAUUUGUUAGUUACAGAAGAUCAAAUGGAUCCCAAUUGGCCAGUCUGUUAAAAGUCCAUUUACAAUUAAGAGGUUUUUCUGUAUUUAUUGACGUCGAGAGGUUAGAAGCUGGUAAAUUUGACAAUAAUCUGCUGCAAAGCAUCAGACAGGCAAAACACUUCCUCCUUGUGCUAACGCCCAAGGCUUUGGAAAGGUGUAUACAAGACAGUGAGUGCAAAGACUGGGUUCAUAGGGAGAUUGUAGCAGCUCUACAGUCGCAGUGUAAUAUAAUUCCCAUCAUAGACAAUUUUCAGUGGCCAGAACCUGAAGAACUUCCCGAAGACAUGCGAGCAGUUUGCCAUUUCAAUGGCGUACGAUGGAUCCACGAUUACCAAGACGCCUGCGUAGACAAACUAGAAAGGUUUAUGCGAGGUGAAAUACCAGUCAGAUCAGACCUUCCAAGAAGCAUCGCGCCCAAGGACGUGACGCAACCAAACACACCGAGUAAUACGAAUAUUCGACAACCACCGAGUUACCAGCGCAUGCACAGCAAUGAAAGUAGAGGCAGCUUAGAAAAUCGUCAAGUCCGUCCCGUUGGUUAAUGGGUUUACCGCCUACGUCUCCGCGAUUGAAGUUCACCCAUACACAGUCUGGAGAAAGUCCAAUACCACGAAGACCUCCACGACAUCCUCCUUCUCCAUCCAGCAGAUCUCGUUCGUUGGAACUGCUCGAUCAAGAUGAAAAGAAGUCGAUCUCUCCUGUUAAAGAACCAGAAGUACAGACGAGACCAAGGUCGAGAAGCUUAGAUGGUUUAUUAGAUGAAGAUGGUAUAGUGCCAGAAAUGAAGACUGAAGAAUCACUGAAGCCGGACAACGAGAGUAAAAUUGACUGCAGGAUGUUCCUGGAAGCUUUAGAUAGACUUUCCGACACUAAAGUAAAGGACAGCCUUUCUCAAAUUGCACCUGAAAAGGCAGAGAACAACGUAGAAGAAGAAUCGAUUGUUAAACUUCAUUCUGACAAGUCUGACCAUCGAAAGGCAAAAUCGAACGAGAAUCAAAGUCCAAUACCAGUUCCUAGACAGCGGUUAAAAACAGCUGCAGAAACAAAAUCGGAGCCGGUUGAUAUUGUAGAGCGAGAAGAGGUGCAAAAAUCGUCGAGCCUCGAGAUGAAGAACAGCGACAAAGGGGAACAAAAUUUACCAACUCGACCGCCCAAACCAAAUCGAUUCGUAAGUGUAGAUACAGCGUUGUCAUCUGUGAUUCCGAGCCUAGAAGACGAGAAGAACUCCCAGGCUAGUUCAGAGAAUAUUGAUCCUUGUGAUAGUAACACAGAAUUAAAGGAACGAUUGGUGGUAACGGGAAACGACAAGUUGACACUGCUCAAAGCAAAGAGUUGUGGCGCGGGGUUAGAUUCUGACGAAAGCAUUUCGUCAAACGAAUACAAGUCACGAGAGCAGGGUUCCUUGCUCUCGCUUCCAACAGGAGCCGAGCCGAAACGAAAAAAGAACUUUAUGGAUAAAUGUGUGAACAAGAUGCGAUCUUUCAUGAGGAAAUGACUUUUGUCAAAUUACAAUGGUACGCGUAAAGACUUGUUAUUUAAUUUUACAACAAUUAAUUGUAAUAUAUAAACAUAUUAAUGAUCGAGCUUGAUGAUUCUAGCUGCACGACGUUUCACUAUCAAAUGUCAUAUGUAUUUGCUCGUUUAAACUGUUUUCCUAUUCUGUAUUACAGACUCGCCCUCGGUAUUUCAGUAUUUCCUUUCCUUAUCUUUUUUUUUAUCUCACAAUGAUGUAUUGUGUAACGGAUGUAUAUAUUUAGGAUGUUGGUAAGAAAGAUGGAAAAAAGAAAAAAAAUUAUGUAAAGUUCUUCGGAAGUCAAAUCAUUACUAGCAUAAAUGUAUACGAGUACAUACGAUACUUAAAAAAUGUACAGCGAACAAAGGAAUGAUCAUGGAGCGUCAUCAUGGUAAAGUUACGAAUUAUUGUAGCUUUGCCUUUGUACAAUGACAGGCAGCAUAAAAACGUAAUUAAUGUUGUGCCUAUUACAAAGUGUCUUCUUAGAUAUUCAAGAUUAAGAGAUGUGAAAUUUCUCUCAAAUAUACAAACACACACAAAAAUAUAAAGGAGUAGCCUGUCCUUACAGGUGGCUCUUAUAUUUCCUUAUCAAAUUGUAUUAUAGAUAUACAUAUAUUAUAAAUGCGUAAAUAGGUAGUAUUGUUAUUUGUAAUGCUAUAUUUUUUAGUCGGUCUUUUUUAGUACACCGUAAUAUAAUGUUCCACUUGUAACACGUGUACACGUGUUGCGAGUAACGGCAGCUAACCCGUACGAAGUAACAGAAGAAAUUUUAACGUAACAACCGGUUAUAUUAUAUUUUAUUGUUUAAUAAGCGUUUUUACUGUAUCAUGUUUAACUAAUAUUAUCUUACAUACGCAGAAAGUUCGAACAAAAUCCGUACCGAAGUGAGCCUUACGAAGCUUCGAUAUGCACUAUUCUAAGAUCCUGCCUAAGAAUCGAGAAAUGUAUAUUUUACCAAAGUUUCGUAAAGUAAACGUAAGAGUUUUAUCAAAAGUUCUGUUUUCCAUGUAAUAAAUUUUAUUGAAGAAAUUAUUACAAGUAUAAUUUUUUUUAUCAGUGAUACAUUCUAUAGUGAAGUAAUUAUUCAAUGAUGUAUUAUUAGUAUAUGUACAAUUAAUAUGUAUAUUAUUAUUAUUAUUAUUAUU